GUUUCACCAACGUUAGCGGAGUUAUAACAUAUAACUGAGGUUCAUUCUUGCAGUUAUUUCAAUUCAGCACUAGAGCUUGGACAUUCAGGUUAAUCAUCAUGAAAUCUAAACGAAGACACAUAUCAGACUGCAUUAGCGAGUUCAAUUUAGCAAUGUAUCAACAGGGGGCAAGUGAUAAUCCAUCCGCAAAUAUGUUCCUAUCACCUACAUGCAUCUCGAUUGUGAUGUUAAUGGUAUACAUAGGAGCAAGAAAUAGAAGCGAAGACCAAAUGGCUAAAGCAUUGAAACUCGAGGGAACUGACAAGCAUCAUGUUCUUGAAGAUGUACACAAAUUAGUCGAGAAACUAAAAACAGCAAGUAAUAAUACAGUUCAAACUGCAAAUAGUUUAUUUCCGCAUUGCGAUAAGAUAAUCUUUGAUUCAUUUAUUUCAACUGUUAGAAAAUAUUUUCAAUCAGAAAUUAAAUCAAUGGAUUUUACAACUGCUCCGGAAAAGUCAAGGGUUACAAUAAAUGAAUGGGUUGAGAAAGAAACAAAUAACAAAAUAAAGGAAAUCUUACCCGAAGGCUCUUUAACGCCACUCACAUCCUUGGUUAUAGUGAACGCUAUCUAUUUCAAAGCUAAUUGGGAAAUCCCAUUCGAACCAAGAUGUACUGAAAUUAAAACUUUCAUCACAUUGAAUAGUGAUAAAGUAAAAGUCAAAAUGAUGAGAGCAAAGAAAAUGGAGGACAUUGAUUUCUACAGAAGUCGAAGUCUCAACUGCAAAGUUCUAAAGCUUAAAUAUGAAAAUACACAUAUUGCUAUGCUAGUAGUUUUACCUAAUGAAACUGAUGGGUUACCAAAGCUUGAGUCUGAAAUGGAUUUGAAAACAUUGAAGGAACUCAUAAGUAAGCUCAGUACGAAGGAUGUAGAAGUUUCAUUGCCGAAGUUUAAAAUGGAAACGACAACACAAUUAAAACCUCUGUUGUCAAAAUUGGGAAUGGUUGAUAUAUUUGACGAAGAACUGGCUGAUUUGUCCGGAACGGGCAAAGAUUUAUAUGUUUCUGAAGUGUACCAUAAGACAUUCAUCGACGUUAACGAGGAAGGUACAGAAGCUGGGGCCGCAACAGCCGCUGUCGAGGUAUCGAGAAGCCUUGAUGAAAUGGCUUCCUUUAAAGCAGAUCAUCCAUUUAUGUUUAUAAUUUGGCAUGACGAUCUGAAUAUUCCCUUGUUUAUUGGAAGACUUGUAACACCAGAAAUUGUUGAAGAGGAUUCUUCUUCUCAUCAUAGUCAUAGUGACCAUUCAAAUAGAAACCAUCGUAGGCGAAGACAAAGAAGUCGUUCGUAUGAUAGAUAUACUCGUAGACGAAAUGAUUCAAGUUCUGAUGAUGAUAGACAUGGUUAUAGAAAAAGGCGUCGUUAAAUUUGAUUUUGGGCAUCUUGAGAAAUUGUCAAAAGCCUUAAGGUUGCGUUUUACUCUACAGGAUAUUUCACAUCUAUAUUUCAAAUCCAUCGUUUAGAAUUCUAUACAGAUAAUUACUAAUAAUUAUUUAAAAACUGGAAAAUGUAUCAUUAGCAAAUACAUUGCAUUAUAAUAUCCCUUAUCUGAUGAUUAAGCACUACAAAACAAAUGACACUAAUUGGAAGAUUUUAAAAAUAUUUGAUAAUGAUAGUUUUUGUUGACUAAAAUGUGCGCACGCGAACAAAUUUAUUACCAUUUUUAAUGCUGCGUAUAUGCCAUAGUCUAUUUUCUCAGACAUGUUUGCAUCCGUUUUGAAUAUUAUCUGAUUAUUAGUUUUC